AAAAAAAUCUCAUGACGUAGAAAUACAGCGCCGGCGUAGCUAGUAACUCAGCUAGCUACAUUAGCUUACGUUUGGAACGAUUGUUGACAACUGCCCAGCUCAUCUUGGCGGGUGAUCGCUGCGGGUAGAUGGUCCAACGGCUGCGCCGGUGCCCAGUAGCAGUUUGGUUAAGUCCCAGCCGGCGGUCGACAUGGCAGAGGAGGAGGGUUUAUCGCUAAACCUUCCGACGGAGGAGACGGAACACAGCUAUGGCGGCUUCGUAGCCCCCGAAGGUGUCUGCUGGGCGUCAGUGCUGUCCUGCCUGCUGCUCGCCUGCUCUUAUGUCGGGAGCUUGUACGUGUGGAGGAGCGACCUGCCCAGGGAUCACCCUACUGUGAUAAAGAGACGCUUCACCAGUGUCCUGAUCGUGUCGGGCCUGUCGCCUCUCUUUGUGUUGGCCUGGAGGGAAUUCACAGGUGUCAGGACUGACUCGUCCUUACUGGCUCUCAUGGGGAUCCGGUUUGAGGGCCUCAUUCCUGCCGUCAUACUUCCUGUGUUGCUCACCAUGGUCCUGUUCUUGGGCCCCCUCAUGCAGUUGGCCAUGGACUGUCCCUGGAGCUUCAUGGAUGGGAUCAGGGUAGCCUCUGACCCGUGCUUCUGGACGUUGUGUUUCAGUGACAUGCGCUGGCUGAGGAACCAGGUGGUGGCGCCGUUGACGGAGGAGCUGGUCUUCAGGGCCUGCAUGCUGCCCAUGUUGGUGCCGUGUGCCGGCCCCUCUUUGGCCAUCUUCACCUGCCCUCUCUUCUUUGGAGUGGCUCACUUCCACCAUGUGAUCGAGUUGCUGCGCUUCAGGCAGGGAACGCUGUCGGGAAUCUUCCUCUCGGCAGUGUUCCAGUUCUCCUACACUGCGGUGUUCGGGGCCUACACUGCCUUCAUCUUCAUCAGAACAGGUCACCUGAUGGGCCCGGUGCUCUGCCACUCCUUCUGUAACUACAUGGGUUUCCCCGCUGUCAGCACGGCACUGGAGCACCCCCAGCGCCUCACCGUCCUCUCCUCUUACCUGCUGGGGGUCCUCCUCUUCCUCUUCUUCCUCUUCCCCUUCACUGACCCCGCCUUCUAUGGCCUCCCCACGCCAGUUUGCACCCUUACCCCGUCCCCCAGCUCCCUCUGCCUCUCUUGAUCCCCGCCCUCCCUCCACACACACACACACAUACACACACACACACACUUGAAGCAGUCAAGGUUGUUUAUUUUGCCAAGUUAGAGAUCAGGAACCGGUCCCAUGGGACAGACCACCAACAGACAGGUGGGCUAUUGGAGAAGUGAGGAGCCGUGUCGCUCUUUACUCUGGUCUGUGGGCCCGUGAUAUGUGGAGACACAUGUCAAUGAAGCAGCUGAGGAAAGAAAGUGUUGUUCACGUUGCUGUGAGUAAAACCUGACACCGUCCAAGGACACUUGUCUGUCGUUGUUGGGCCUCGAUCGAUUGUAGUGUAGAUCUAAUCAACACAGAGGGACCACUCCUCAUCAGAUCCUCUGACACUGUUCAAUCUGCAUCAUUCUGUACCAUACUGGUGUAUGUCUUUUCUACUAAGUCUGCCUCGUCGUUUUUAAAGGACAAUUCUGCUUUAUUUUUAAUAUUUCUUUUAUUUAUUUUUUGGUUUUUGGGCCAAUCGUUCAGCCAUUGGUUACAAUACCACAGUAUUACAAUUAUUAUUGGUAUCGGCCAGAGCAAAAAAAGCCAGUAUCAGACGUGAGCUCACUCUCCAUUUGAACUCCAAAUAAAGUGAUUUAGAUGAUUGACAGGUUCUCCUCUCAUUACCAGCUGUAAUGAUGGACACAACUAUAACAUUAAGAGUUUGGCAAAGCUUUGUUGUGUUUCAGGGCCAUUUUGUUGCUUAAAAAUUUUUCAGUUCACUAUUGGGUUAUUUUCAAAUGCAAUUUUUUUUCCUGACAACCUGAUGGUCAGUAAUGAAUUCAGUAAAGAAAAAGUAGCUUCAGGUUUCAGGUUGGAUUUGGGCUUUUUUAAUUUGGUUGUUGCAGUCUUAGUUGGGCUCAGUUCAGAUCUUCGGCUGGGUUUGGUUAUCAGCUCUGUGCCCCUGUUGUCAUAAACCCAGAAUGAGGGGGGAUGUUUGAGGGAGACACGGUCGGUUUCAGCCGUUUGAUUGUUGGAGAAUAAACGUUGUUCCAGUAAAGACGGUGAGAGUCACAACCCUCGCUACAAACUGAUGAUGCAGGAUUCUUGCUCAUGUGCUGUAGCUGCACUGGAGCACGGGAUGUCGGGGUGGUGUUGAAAUAGGGGAAAAAGACACGUUCUGCAAAAUGGAUGCAAGAACGUAGUCUACAACACCAAGUAGUUGUUUUUAACAGUGGUGCUCUGACUGUUUGUUCUUUAUCUGAACUCGCGCUCCUUGGAUUUGGUUGAUGGUCUUUAAUAUACCUCUGCAUGUUUUCGGUGCUGAUCGUCAGUUUGAUGGUAAAAAGGCAGACAAUGGGAUAGCUUCACUGCUCCUAAAUGACUUGGACAUACUCCGUUUAAGUGCACAAAUGCAAAUGGCCGCUUCAACAAACCGGCUGCUGCGGCAGCUUUAAACAACCACACGUGGGCACCGAUCACACAGGCCGUGUUCUCCUGCUGUUCAUUGUGUUCUUCUCUUGUCGUCUGCUGUCACGCCCGUCAAAAGUCACACUUUGUUACUAUGCCAAGGGCCCAGUCACACCAGCAUUUGACAGACUGAGCAAAGCAGACAACUGCUCUUGGACCCUGAACGCCCCAACUUGUCUGUUCAUCCUAUGUGAUAAAAAUAACUGCAAAUGUGGAUAGUGUAGGUCAAUUUGUGCAUCUUGUCUGGUUCAGUCGAAACGAACCUGGACUGCCUUCGUCGGUCUGCCUUGAAUCAAAUCAGAUCAAAGUGUAUAUCGUCACCACCAUGUCACUUACAAGCUAAGUGACAUGUGUUUUGUGUCCUUAAAGCUACAGUGUGAUAUAUUUGGAAGAACAGAAAUUUAAUAUAUUGUCCAUAACUAUGUGUUCAUAUAUGUAUAAUCACCUGCAGCAAACAACCGUUGUUUUUUC